AUGUACUGGCAUGGAUUGCUGCCACCUCCAAGUGUUGGUUGCGGCACAGUUUGCAUCACUCUAUCUGUGACAUUUUUCAGUGCAAUAGAUUAUAUUUUAAGGCGAGUAAAUCCCCCUACGACCGUUGUUUGUAAAGGUUCACAUGCCAUAUGGAAGUGGCGUAAUAUGGUGGUUUCCUGGAUACAUGCUGUUUUAGUCGGGACAUGGGAUAUUUUGUGCUUUUAUUACUAUCCCGAGUUAAUGGAUGAUCCGGUAGACCAUAUCGUGCCUUUUACGUAUUACCUAGUGGCCGUUUCUACUGGUUACUUUAUCUAUGAUUUCUGGGAUAUGUGCGUGCAAAGGCAAAUAUUCAAAAUGUGGGAAUUAACAUUACAUCACUUCGCAGUUCUGAUUGCCUUCAUCUAUAACGUACUUUCCGUUCGUUACAUAGCCUACACAGUUAUCGCUCUACUUGCUGAAGUCAAUAGCAUAUUUCUUCACACUCGCAAAUUGAUGCAAAUGCAUAAAGUUCCCUCGAUGGAUUUAUCUUAUCGGUUCAAUGCUGUUCUGAAUCUAAUUACAUUCGCAGGUUGUCGAGGUUUCGCACUAUUUCGUAUUUCAUGGGGCAUGUACAUGAACCCCGAAAAAAUGACACCGUUUUAUACUGUAUUGUUAGGAACAAGUAUGUUCAUCAUGAAUCUCCUAAAUCCAGUUCUAUUUUACAUACUUCUUCGUAACGAUUUUCUACUUCCACCCAGAGAGGAUAAAGAUCAUUACAUUGAAAAUGGACUGAAAGUAAAUAGUCCUCCUUCAGAAAGUAAAAUAUCCAAUGGUUACAGUUUGUCAUUAGAAAUAAAUGGCUUUCCCUGUGAUGGACUUCAUAAACGAAAUCUGUGA